AUGGCGCCCCUCCCUCCUCCACGCCUGCGCAUCCUCUCCGUGGGUGGUAAUGCGAUUUCGGCUUUCUUAUCAUGGCGACUGCAGGCAACAACUUCCUGUGAUGUAACGCUGGUCUGGAAACAGGGCUUUGAGUCUGUGGCUCAAUAUGGUGUCUCAUUCAAAUCAAAAGCAUUCGGCAAUGAGCGAUUCAAGCCUCGUCAUGUCGUCCGAACACCCGAAGAAGCUUCCUCCCGCGAAAAUGCCUACGACUAUGUCAUUCUCUGUGUAAAGGCCCUGCCCGAUGUCUACGAUCUGGCUUCUGUCAUCGAAUCCGUCGUCACACCUCAGCACACCUGCAUCCUUGUCAACACAACGAAUACCAUCGGAAUCGAAGCACACCUGGAGCAACGGUAUCCUACAAAUGUCAUCCUUUCCCUAGUCUCCAACGUGGAGAUCUCUCAGACCGGCCCCAGCGAAUUCGAGCACUUGAGCUCCAGCGAGAUCCAUGUGGGCGCAACCAACAAGCAAUCCGCCAUUCCCACCUCGAUUCAGAACGACAUGGCCGCGGCAUUGGCCAUGACUCUGAACUCUGGACAGGUCAAUUGUCAAGUAUCACAGAAUAUUCGACAGGAACAGUUUGAGCGGAUGAUUGGCCCGAUCGCGUUCCACCCUGCAAGUGUAGCAUUCGAAACUUCUAACCCCACCCAGCUUUUGGAGAAAGUCGGAGUCCGCCAACUAGUGACCGGCAUUAUCGACGAGCUCUUGGAGCUGGCUCAAGUACAAGGCUGCCACUUCCCCGGCGAUUUCCGCGAAAAAACGAUCGAGAAGAUGACCUCAUCAGACGGCCCGAGCACAAUGUUCCAGGACUUCCAGGCCCGGCGCCCAUUGGAAAUCGAAACAUUUUUGGGGUCUCCCAUAAAAUUAGCGACCGAGUCCAACGUGGCCGUCCCUCGGAUUGAAGCUUUAUACGCCAUGCUCCACCAUCUCAAUAUUGCGAACCAGAACAGACCCCGAGCCGGUGAUUCUCCGCCUGCAUCGGUUAUGGGCCACCCGCCACCCCGAAUGUCUUCUGCACCCCCGGGACAACGCCCACCGAUGAAUGGCGCGAUGCGAUCGAGUCGGACGAAUUCCAGCAUGGGCGUGCCCCCUCCUGGCCAACGACGGGGCCCGCCCUCUGGUAUGAUGCCUCGCGGACCCGGUGGACCGAUGUCGAUGCCCAUGGGCCCUCAGGGACGAGGCGUUCCCCGAGACACUUCGUUGGAAGGACUCGAAGAGUUCAGCCAUCUGGUGGUAUACGAUGAAUCGGAAGGUGGAAUGCCGGUGCCUCAGGCGAAUGGCAACGGUUACCCCGAUGCAGCCACUUCUCCCAAUGAUAUAGCCCUUCGGGAACGCGAGUUUGCUCUUCGCCAGCGUGAAUUGCAAUUACGGGAGCAGGAGAUGCACAUGCGGAGAGGCCCUGGACCGGGCCCCGGUCGUCGUGGGCCACCAUCCCGAGCGCCCGCGGCGGCUUUCGAUGAAGAGGAUGAGGAUUAUUUCGACCCGAUGGACAACAUGGCGAUUCCCCACAUCGAUCCUGAUCAAGUUGAUAUGAUGAGCAUCACGUCACGCCGAGCCCGCAAGGCACCCAGCCACAGCCAGUUCCGCAAGAACCCCGAGAUGAUGGGUGGUGGUCCCUCUGGGCCUCAGAGUCGACCUGGGUCAUCAUUUGGUCGCUAUUUCGGUCGGAAACGCGCCAGUGAUCGAGUGAUGCAGGAAAUCCCCGGCCUCCACGACUCUCUGAUGGACAACCCCAUGAUGAGCUACUCGUCGAACCGAUACGGAGCCGUUGACCGCAACCAGAUGGGCAUUGAUUCACGAGCGAACUCCCUAACGGCCAGUCAUAUGGGCGACUACCCUCCCCGACCGUACCCCCAGAGCCGACGAAACAGCCAGUCCCCCGCCGCACCUUUCCCCGGACCUCCUGGACCCCCCGGCCCAUCUCGUAUGGGUCGUCCCAUGACUGGUCAUGACCAGAGCCUUGGACCCCAUGGUGGACCUCCUCAUAAUGGCCAUCCGUCGCCGCCUGGAAACAUGCGGACACCGGUCCCCCGGCACCCGUCAGGACAAGGCCCGGCUGGACCGCAGCAGCUUGAGCAACACUAUGGGGUGAGCAACUCGUUUCCCGCAAAGGGCCCUCCCAAGAACAAAAGUCUGACCGGAAGUGCGAGCGCCAGUGCUGAAAGUGGUGAUAGCGGAGCCAGCGCGAAUCUUGAUUCCGAAGCGUCUGCUCACAGCAGCCAGAUCAGUCUCGGUGACCAUCACGCUAUCCCGGCAGCGCCCGUUCGGUGA